GCUUGACUUCAGGGAAGAAGGAAGCAACAUUGAGAAAAAGAUUCUUGUGCUGUUUAAAUAUUAAACGUGUCAGGCUAAGCCGCCACCUCGCCCCGGACCUUGGACUUCAGAGUGGGAGCAGACAUGAAGCAGAAAAAGGUGAACUACAACAAGUGCGCUUCAAAAACACUUUGGGUUUUUGAAUCUAUCCAGUGGAGAAGAAUCUUGUUCAGUAUUUGGCUGCUUGGCUCAUGCUUAGGCCUUGCUUUUACAGGGCUCCAGGACACCACGGAGUCAACCAUGAAAUUUGAAUUUAACCCGAAAGAAGGAAUUGAUAAUCCCGCCUUAUCUCUGGCAGAGGAUUCCGAACCAGAAGGCGCUUCCCAGCUACGCUUCUGUUUACUGAGGAAAGCUGGUGCUGAGAGCCUGGGCUUCUCGUUGUGUCAGGAGGCUGGAGGGUUGUGCCCCAUCGUGCGGAAGGUGACACCGGGAGGGCUGGCCUACCGUAGAGGCCUCCGGGAUGGAGACCGAAUCCUUGAGGUCAACGGAGUUAACGUUGAAGGCAUGGGAUAUCUUCGGGUGAUCUGGAAGAUCAAGAGUAGCUCAAAGCAGGUCUUGCUCACUGUCCUGGAAGGGAACACCUACGAGGUAGCCAAAGCCCUGAACCGAGAUCUCAACCAGCUUUUGUCCAAUUACGGCAGGCCACGCCUGUGCUGUGUUUCCAAAGGCUCAAGUGGCUUUGGCUUCAGCGUGUCAGCUCCAGAAGGUGUGACUGGCAUAUUCCAACUCUCCGUGCUGCAGGAUGGGCCAGCUCAGAAAGUAGGGGUGCCGCAUGGUUCCUGGCUGGUGGAACUCAACGGCGUCAGUGUGAAGAACUGGACGACUGCACAACUCAACCAAAAGAUCAAACAGAGCAGCAGCCCCAUGGGGCUCCUGGUGAUGGACAGCCGGUCGGAAGCGGCGUACCGACAAUGUGGUGUUAAGGUUACAGCCAGCCUGGCUGAUGCCUCUUGGGUUCCGUUCCAAGUGAGGAAGCUUCAGAUGAAGCGAGGAGAAGACGGAUAUGGCUUCUUGAUGAAAGAAGAAAAAUCUAGCUCGGGGAAGAGGGCUCAAUUUUUGAGAGACCUGGACGCUGGGCUCCCAGCUGAAAAGGCAGGGAUGAGAGAAGGCGACUGUCUGCUGGCGGUGAAUGGCGAGGUUGUCGAAGAGCUUGACCACCAGGAGGUGGUGUCGAGGAUCCGUUCUGACAACCAGCGGGUGACUCUCCUGGUCAUCGACUCAGAAGGAAGCAAGUUCUACAAUACGGUUGGAGUAUCUCCUUUAGUCUUCUAUGAUGAUGAAGACUUCCCAUCAAGCUUUCUGAUCACCUGUGGUUCUACUUCUCCAGGCACCCUUCAGGAACAAAGCUGGCCCACUUUGAUACCAUGUCACAGUCAAAUUUCUAGCCAUAUAGGCCCACCUGGGCAACCUGACCCUACCCCAUGGACCUUCACCAGAGAGGACCAUGAUGGGUUCAGCCAGGCCUUCUAAAGAUGGUUCCUUGCUCUCUAUGGAAAAAAUGAGCACCUUUGCCUCCCCUUCCAGCAUCACAAAUUGAUCUCAGCUCCCCAAGACAACUUUUCCAGGCCUUCUUCUGCCUUCCGUGUCAAUCUGUCUUGGCACUCAAAAUGACUCCUGCAGAACUUGGCAAAUGGGACGAAGAUUCAGAUCAGACCAUGGUCAGAGAGAUGGAAUAUGUGAGUCAGGGCCAUAGUGGGGGAGUUCUUUUGGGCAAGAUUUUUUUUAAAAAAAUGAAGGUGCGGUAAAUAAUUGCAGUUUGAGAAUAGCCCUCGUUCAUUGCUUUUUGUGGAAGAGAAGCUAAUGUGGACGUCCUAUCUGGAUGUGACGGCAUCUCUACAUGAUUUCUACCAAUGUAAUGUGAAUGAAGAACAUUGACUACUUCCCUCUGACCCUAUCUCCCUCCAUCAAAAUAUUCCCUCUGUUGUAGGGGUCUCCAAUCUUGGCGACUUUUAAGACUUGUGGACUGCAACUCCCAGAAUUCCCCAGCCAGCCAUGCUGGCUGGGGAAUUCUGGAAGUUGAAGUCCACAAGUCUUCAGGUUGCCAAGGCUGGAGGUCCCUGCUCUACUGGAACCAAUAAAAUCAAAUACUGGACUUAUUUUCUUCUUUUUCUGACAAUCAACCCAUCGAUUUUGCGUAAAACAGACUGUGAAUGUUGGCAUAAGGGAAGGGACUUUUUCCACGUGGAGAUGCACAGCACCUCCUGUUCUUGGGGUACACCCUGAAGAGUACAUGAUUACAAGCUCAGCCCUGUUCAACGGGAACAAAUGUGUUCUGAAACAGAAAACUGAAGGAGGCAACAGACUGCCUGAUCUGGAAUUUACUUCCUUCCUUCAUUUGAGCUACCUAAGAAAGGAGUUCGUCAGUGAUGGAAAGUACUUUUCACACCCCUGAAGACUGGAUUGUUUGGAUUCACCCACCACACUAAACCAUAGUUUCCUCUAAGAGUGGUCUGUUGCAAGGCACAGAGAGCAACUUCACACAGGACACUAAACCAACUCAAAUAAAACACACUGUGUUUUCAUGUGGUGGGUUAGCUGCUGAGCAACGUUGAUUAAUAACUCCGUAUUUUAUUCUGUGGGGUUCUUGGUGCACUCUGAACCGUGGCUGUUUUCUUGCAGACUUUUCAUGACCCAACUAGGGAACAUCAUCAGUGCUAGAAGGGAGAGGGGUCUGCUUUCUGCUUAUACACAGGUGGCUUGCCCUGUCGGUAUUGGUAGGACUGGUCUUGGUGGUUCCUUGAUUAGGCUGCUGUUUCCUGUUAGCUUGUUUAUCUGAGUUGGUAGCUCAUAAUAAUAAUAAUAAUAAUAAAUAAAGUUGGAAGGGACCUUGGAGGUCAUCUAGUCCAACCCCCUGCUCAGGCAGGAAACCCUAUACCAUUUCAGACAAAUGGCCGUCCAGUCUCUUCUU